CUCUCAUGUUGCAUUUAAUUAAGGCAUUGUCGAGAAGUCAAGAUGUACAUUAUAUAUUUGGAUGUCCCCUUCUGCAGUGACAUGCCCCAAAUAAUAAAGAUGAUUCUUACCAAUAAAAUAUAUUACGGAGUAAUGUAUUAUUUCUUUAAUAAAUAGCCAAAUUAAAUAAAGAUAUGGGCAUAAUAAUUAGGACAGCCCCCAAUUAAUAAAUCAAGAUAUAUGCAUAUAUCAAUUGAUGGUUUGGUUGAGAAUUAGGAGAAUCUUGUGAUUGGUUUUCAUCAUCCGCCCUUAUGCAAAUAUAUAGUUGCUCUCUAAACAAAAACAAAAAUAAAAAAAAUAAAAAAAUAAAAAUUCAAUAAAAUAAUUAAUGAUUUGGCUGACCACAAUGCUAUAUAAUAUGGAAAUGUUUCAUCAAGCCAUUUCGUCACACAGUCACACUACAUUUGGAAGUUGUUUAGAAAACAAUCAAACAAUUUUCGUCAAAAAAAAAAAAAAAAAAAUGUCAUCCCAAAAAUCUCGUCCUAUUGCUAACUAUCACCUAUGCCAUUGGGGUGACCACUUUCUCAAUAUCACAAAUCCGCACCAUGACGAGGAAGUCCAAGUUCAGAAGGAGCAAGAAGUGAAACAAUAUAUAGAGGAAGUGAAGAAGGAGCUGCAGGAGACUAAGAACAACCCAAUUGAGUUGCUGAAUUUCUUCGACGCCAUUGAACGUCUUGGAUUGGCAUAUCACUUUGAACAAGAGAUUGAGGAUGCUUUGAAACAAAUCUACGAGAGCUAUGAAGGGCAAUGUGCCAAAGAUGAUCUCUACCAUGUUUCGACUAGAUUUCGUAUCCUCAGGCAACAUGGUUUCUUUGUUCCUUGUGAUGUGUUUAAUAAGUUCAAGGAGGAAAAUGGAAGCUUUAAGGAAUCAAUUACUAAGGAUGUUCUAGGAUUGUUAAGCUUGUAUGAGGCUUCCCAUGUUCGAGUUCACGAUGACAAGAUACUCGACGAAGCCCUUGCAUUUUCGACAACACGUCUCAACGCCAUGGUUAGCCAGUUAAGCUCACCUCUUGCUGAUCAAGUUGCCCAUGCUCUUCACCAACCUCUCCACAAGGGCAUGCCGCGAGUAGAGUCUAGGCAUUACAUCACGGUGUAUGAAAUGGAUCCUUCACAUAACAAAACUCUCCUCAAGUUUGCAAAACUCGAUUUCAAUUUGCUUCAAGCCUUACACCAGAAGGAGCUUAAAGAUCUUAAAAAGUGGUGGAAAGGACUACAUUUGAACGCAUCAUAUACUCGAGACAGGUUGACGGAGGCGUAUUUUUGGAUAUUGGGAGCUUACUACGAACCCAAAUAUUCCUUGGCAAGAAAAGUGUUUGGGAAAAUUUUCAAGGCAACAUCACUAUUGGACGAUACUUAUGAUGCAUAUGGAACUAUUGAAGAACUUGAACUUCUCACUGAAACAUUUCAAAGGCCUUGGAACAAAAGUUAUGUGGAUGAACUUCCGGAGCACGUGAAAUGGAGUUAUCAUGCUAAUGUUGAAGCAUGUGAGGAAGCCGAGGAAGAUCUUGCCAAAGAAGGAAGAUCAUUUUGCGUAAACUAUACAAGAGAACAGGUAAAAGCUUUGUGCCUAGCUUUCUUGCAAGAAGCAAAAUGGUGCCAUGAAAAAUAUGUACCCACGUAUGACGAGUAUAUGAAAAUUGCCCUAGUUACCUCUCCCUAUCCUCAUGGCAUAAUUGCUUCUUUCCUUGGCAUGGGAGAGAUAGCGACGAAGGAGGUUUUUGAAUGGGCAAGCCAAAUUCCUAUCCCUAAAGCUGUCAAAGCUGCGUCCACAAUACUUAGACUCGUGGACGACAUAGGUGGCCAUAAGUUUGAGCAAAAAAGAAAUCAUGUCGCGUCAGCUGUGCAAUGCUUGAUGGAGAAGCAUGGAAUGUCAGAGGAUGAAGCAAAUGAGAAGCUAAGAGAAGAAGUUGAGGAUGCUUGGAAAGAUAUUAAUGAAGCAAUGCUACAACCUCAUGUGAUUUCGAAGCCUUUACUUACUCGAAUUCUCAACUUAGCUCGUUCGGCUGAAGUUAUUUACAAGGAUGGUACAGAUGGUUAUACUGAAGUUAACCAGACUUUGAAGGAGAAAACUGCAUCUGUUCUUGUUCAUCCUAUUACCAUGUAGGCAUGUAGUAAUAAUCUUACUUUCUUUUAUUUUAAUUUCGCGCAAUGUGUGUAUUUGUUGUCAUGUUUUUGUGGUUGCGGACUAAUGCGAGUUUUUGUUUACAUAACAACAAUCGCAUAUUAUUGUCUGGUUAAUUAAAUGUACUUUAUCUUAUGAAUAAAUUAAAACUUUGAAUUUUCAUCAA